AUGGCGGUGACUGAAGCAGUGAAGGAGGCUUUGUGGCUACAUGGCUUGUUGGAUGAUUUGGAGAUUGCACAGGAGACGAUUCAGAACCCUGUCCACCCUCGCGUCGCUCGACCUCAGCUUCAACCGGCUCUCCGGCUCCGUCCCGGCCGCUCUGCCCACGAACCUGAUAGUCCUCGCCCUGCGGUCGAACUCCCUCUCGGGCGAGUUGAGUCCGCCCGCCUUCGGGUCCCUGAAGCUCCUCGAAGUAGCGGAGCUGGCGGCGAACAGGUGAUUGUUGGAUCCAUUCCUGAUAAUGUUGGUAAAAAGCUUAUCGGGCUUGUAACAUCAAGAGAUGACAUUCCUAAUCUGUUAAGGCUUGAUGAUGUGAUCGGUCUUGUGAUCCCGAGAGGCAGCAACAAACUGGUAUCUCAAAUAAAGGAGUCUACCAAGAUUCCUGUUCUAGGUCAUGCUGAUGGAAUUUGUCAUGUUUAUGUUGACAAAUCAGCUAAUAUGGAUAUGGCAAAGCGCAUUGUUUUAGAUGCCAAGAUAGAUUAUCCUGCAGCCUGUAAUGCUAUGGAGACACUUUUAGUCCACAAGGAUCUCAUGAAGACUAAAGGACUUGAUGAUAUAAUUAUGGAGCUUAGAGGUGGAGGUUUUGAUUCUUAUCAUUUGGAGCUUCUGAUGCUGUGGAGGUUUUCUGUGUUCCAAAAGUGUAGGCAGUUUGGCUAUUUCAUCCACCACCAUAGGAGAAUAAAUUGGAUUCUUAAUGUAUAUUUGAUUCUUCUCAUUGUCAUGCGACUGAUUUUGUAAUGCUAAUACAGCCAUAAUGACGCUACUUGCUGUAUUUUCUGUGAACGUGUAUCAUUCGGAUUGCGCGUUCGUUUGCA